CAGCUUGCAUCUGCAUUCACGUUCACCUUCACAUUCCCCUUUUCACUCUUUUCCCCGUUUGUCGUCUUACGGUACAUAUGCUACGCCCCGUAUUAUAGCCUGUUUCAUUCAUUCCUUGUAAAUCUUUUACGCACUGCCGCCGCCGUAUUUUACGCCCUCCGCCUGCCAUAGUGCGGCUCGCGCUCAACCACCUUGCCUCCAUGGGAUUUUUUGACCACCUCCAAAAAGGAGGCGCCUUUUCACUGCAGUCGAAGAAACCCCAGAUCCGCAAGGUCGUUCAAACGCGCUCCGCACCCCCCUCGAGAUCCGUGUCCAGUCCAGGCCCCUCCCGGACGCCCCCCGCUCAGGUCAAGGCGCGAGAGUCGGCCAGCAGCAGAUCCGUCUCGAGAGACCGCGAUCCCCCCUCCUCAUCCUCCAAGCGGCGACUCGGAACCCCGGCACAGAGUCGAAAGCGACAGACUCCGGAACUACGGCUCUCCAGCGACGACGAUGCGAGCGAUACAGAUGCUUCCUUCGAGGUGCGCAAACGUGCUCGGACGGGCGACAGCGCGGAGCCAGACCCCGCCAGGCGGGUGCGUUCUCUGAAGGCGUUUGCCGAUGAUGGCGUUCGGUCCCUUCCCAUGAUCCACGCGGCAGAGAUUACGUCCAUUCAGAAAGUCGGGAACUUUAAGCCGUGGCUUGGGGAGAAGCCACUGCCGGAAAUACUCCUACAAUAUCCCAGCGCGUCUGCUAAGGAACGGUACAACCUCGUCGUUCCUCGAGAUGACGACGACUUCAGGCCCCUCCAGGACAUCCUUCAUGUCGUCGACAUCGUAUCCCAAAAUUACAUACCCGAUAAGGAGGCGGAUGCUUUCAACAACGAGUCAACGGGCUUCGUACGCAGAAUCCGACGAGCGAUAACCCAGAAAUCCGAAGCUGAAUUCCGUGAAGCCGUGGCGGAAUACAACAAAGCGGUCGACGAGCUGAGGCGCAAUGGGAGCAUCGCAAAGAAGCUGGACUCGACCAGUCGGCUGGCUCUGCCCCAUGUGGAACGGAUUCUGACCCAGAUAUACUCGCGUACUGUCUCUCCUCGGGUCGAAUCUCUGCGUCAGUAUGAAAACGGAACGGACAACGUGUACGGAGAACUUCUCCCUCGCUUCAUCAGCACGAUUUUCAAGGAGACCGGGUUAAAGUCGGGGCAGGUUUUUGUUGACCUCGGCUCUGGUGUUGGGAACGUGGUCUUGCAGGCUGCGCUUGAGAUAGGGUGUGAGAGCUGGGGGUGUGAAAUGAUGCAAAACGCCUGCGAUCUGGCCGCACUUCAACAGACCGAGUUCAAGUCACGAUGUAGGCUGUGGGGCAUCGCACCGGGCAAGACGCACCUAGUCCGCGGUGACUUUCUCAAGGAGCAGAGCAUUAUCGAUGUGUUGAAGCGUGCGGAUGUCAUCUUGAUCAACAAUCAGGCUUUCACGCCUCAGCUGAACAACGAACUGAUCAACCACUUCCUGGAUAUGAAAGAGGGAUGCCAGAUCGUAUCCCUGAAGUCAUUUGUUCCUGCGGGCCACAAAAUCCAAUCUCGAAACCUCAACUCGCCCAUCAAUCUCCUGAAGGUGAAGCAGAGGAACUACUGGUCGGAUAGCGUUAGCUGGACUGAUGUUGGGGGCACCUACUUCAUUGCCACCAAGGAUAGUUCCCGGCUGAAGGCCUUUGCGGAAAGCAUGGAAUGAGAGUCUCGGCUGCCCUCCCCCCCCUCAUCAAUGCUUCCUGCCUUGCACAUCGCGCAUGCCAUCGUCGCUGGUGGGACCACUAGCGCGAUGGCGUGCUACUUUCGGUUUCUUGUAUUGAUAUUCUUUUCCCCCACUUUCUAUAUACAUAUCCGCUUUUGGCAUACAUUGCUUUGGUACUGACCCCUUGUUUUGCGUUUGGACAGAUGCUCUUGGCUUAGGACUUGAUACCACAUUUCUGAUACAGGCAUACAGCGCGUGCUAGUGUACCCUAGCGCUUUUGAUUUUCAGUACAUAACCGCCGUACAUAGGUAGUGACAUGUCAGAUUUUGCCAUGAAACUACAUUGGAGGUUGAUUUGAGAUAGGACAUGGAUAUGGAUAUGGAUAUGGGACGAAGGCAUAUUGUGGAUAGUGUAGUAUUUCACGGGUAUCAUAGAUGUUGUGCAUAAAAGAUCUGACAUGAAAGCGAAAGCAAAGCG